UGUACGCCUCUGUCGCUGAAAUAUUGAUUAUCUUAAGUCAUAUUUUGUGAAAAUUAUAUAUUAUCCAAACAAUAGUUCAUCAUUUCCGUAUCAUUAGUCUGUUUCAGCACUCUUUCAAAGAUGAGCAGAACCACGGAUGGAGCUGUCGUGCCUCCUCCUGCAAAGAAAAGAAGAAUAAUGACGACGAUGACCAAACCGAAGAACAAAAAGCAAUGCUUCAAAAAAGAGUGGUUGCAGAUUGACGAUUUCAAGAACUGGCUCACACCGGCACCUGAAAACAAUUACGUGGCCAGGUGCAGAGCAUGCAAAGUGGAAUUCCCUGCCGAUCUCAGUAUCAUCAAGCAACACGCAAAAGGUGUGAAGCACUCUAAGAAAAUGAAGGCCAUACCGUUUCUGCACAGACCAAUCAUCGAGACUGUCAUCAAAACAGAGAAGAACGAUGAUACACUGAAGAACAAGACGGAGGAGGCGCAAAUUAAGCUCUGCGAAUUCUUCGCCGAAAACAACAUAUCUUUUUCGCUGAUGGAAAAGUUCGAUAAGGUGUUGAAGGAAGCGUUCCCGGAUUCCGAGAUCAUAAAGAAGAUUUCGAUGCAGCAGACUCAGGCCACAAUAGUGAUGAAGAAUUUGAUCAGCGACGCAGAGAAAGAUCGCUUGGCCAAACUGUUGCAGUUCACCUCCUUCAGCAUUGUUCUUGAAAAGGCUCAAGACAUUGGAUCAAUUAAAAAUAUUUGCGUCACCGUCAAGCAUUUCGAUAAAGAGAAGAAUCAAAUCAAGAGCAGUUUUUGGGAUGUCUGCCCAGCGAAUGCAGUGACCGAAACUGCGGAAGCUGAACAAAAGGAAAACAUCUUCAACUCUUUGAAGAACUCGUUCACGUCCAGAAAUAUUCCUUUAAAUAACGUCAUUGGUUUCGCUUUCGACGACUGCAGUAUUAUGAUGGAGUAUUACUCGUUCAUCGCUAACAAAAUGCGAGCUUUAUGUCCCAAUGUAUCAGUCAGCAAGAACGUCUGCAGAUCUUUGAGUUUGUGCUUGAGCGAAGCCUGCGAAAAGAUGCCGGAGAACUGCAAAGAGUUGGCCAACGAUCUCUUUGCGUUCUUCUCCAAGAAAACUUGCGAUUUACCGCAGUUCCAGAAGUUCGCUGAUUUCCAUAUCGAAAAUGAGAAGCUGCUUUUGCUGUCCUCGUCGAAUGUGGUUACAGGAAUUUUAGAGCUUUGGCCUGCUUUGUUAAUCUUCUUUAAGGAAAAAGCAACUAAAGAGAAACUUGCUGCCGCAGAUCCGAUCUACAAGAAUUUAAACGAUCCGUUCGUUAAGGUAUAUUACAUCUUCUUAGCAUGGGCCUUACCCAAACUGGACAACAUCCAAAAGCACUAUAACUCUGAGAGAAUUAUUAUAUUGGAUUUGGAUAAAAUAAUGAGGGACACUUUGAAGGAACUUCUCUUCUGUUACAUGGAGAAAUCGCACAUAUUGAAAACCAAAUUAGAGUAUGUAAAUCCCAAGGAUAAUACUAAAUUUUUGAAAACAAGAUCCGUUUACCUCGGCGUCAAUGUACAGGAAGAACUGAACCAAGUGGUCUAUAGAUCAAAUGCUGAGGAGCUGGAUAAAUUCUACUCGAAAAGCACUGAAUUUUUGUCCACCAUGUGCGUAGAGUUGAAGAAGAGAUACGCAUUUGGUAAUUGCGUUAUGCCGCUGUUGGUCAAUCUUAAGCCAAGUAUGGCUACAAACGCUUACAAACAAUGCGAUUCGCUGGUUCCGAUCUUGAGACUUCUUCCAAGACUGACGGAAAAGGAUAAAUGGCAAAUCAUUGAUGAUCAAUGGCGCAAUCUUCCACAUUUCAACUUUCCAGAAAAUACCAUUUCCGAUUGCGUCGAUGAAUUUUGGGGAAAAGUAUUAGUGAUUAAGUCGCAAUCUGGUGAUUUGGUAUUCCAUGAUUUGGCCAAGUUCGUCUUGAACAUUUUAACAUUACCCCACUCAUCAGCUUAAUUCAAAUGAAAAAAUAUGAUGACAUGGAUUUGAUUCUAUUAUUGUCUAAUUUUAAAAAAUAUAUAGCUUUAUUAAAAAUAUGGCCAAAAAAUCAUUUAUAUAUGUAAA